CUGGAUCAACCCUCUAUCGUACUAUAAGUUAUACAGAUAUCUAGCAAGUUUUUACAUGUUUAUAAUCUUUAGUUAACUAACGUUUAAAGUGAGCAAUGGCGUUAUUGAUUCUAUUGAAUAUUCUUUUGUUUGCGAACUCCGUGCAGGGAUCUGAAAAAAGGGCGUGACUUUAUGGCCUGGGCUUCAUCUGUGCGACGAUUUCAAAGUUCUCAACAACAUGUCAUGGUGGUAUGACUGGAGUAUGGACCUGUCGUUUUGGCAUGAAAAAGUGUCAAAAGUGUGUCCGCCUUCCACGGACCAAUCAAUGCCGCCACAUAUUCCCAUGGUAAAGAAAUACAACAACCACACAGUUCUCAAUAUACAAGGAGAUGCUCUGUUUAUCUUGGGUUUCAACGAGCCCCAUCGCCAUGGUAUGACCCCACAGCAAGCCGCCGAUGCCUGGCCGGAAAUAGAAAAGCACUCUCAUGGAAAACUUCUUGUCAGUCCCGCACCAGCUGCUCAAAAUUUUCACUGGAGCGAUGAGUUCUUUAGGUUAUGCCAUGGUUGUCGUAUAGAUUAUGUCGCUGCGCAUGUGUACAAUUGCGAUGCCCAUCAUGUUAUGUCAUUCCUGCAGAAACUGUAUCAUAGAUAUAACAAGAAAGUAUGGCUGACGGAGUUCGCGUGCCCGCAAUCUUCAGACGAAAAUCAACAGUUACAUUUAAUGCAGACUUUAUUGCCACAACUAGAGGCUGCGGAUUACGUAUUUAGGUAUUCUUGGUUUGAGGCUAGAAUAACACAUUCACUUGGAAAUGGAUGGAUAACUCCAGCAGCAAGUCUGUUACACAACGAUUCCUCAACAUUGACGAAUAUUGGUCGCUUCUAUAACAACUUCCAAGGAAAUGGGCAUAAUUCACAAGUUGUUGGGUGAUAUACGUUUGUAGAUAGCAAAAUAUAGAAAGUCGGCAUAUGCA